GGGAGUUGGGCUGUGGCUCAGCCCCCCCAGGCCAUCUCCAGGGCUGUAUAAAAGCAGCAGCUACCCAGGGUUGUUCCAUCUCACUCUCCUGCCUCUCUCCUCCACAUCGGGAUCACCUCCCUCCCCAGCAGAGAAGAUGUCCUGCUACGACGUGUGCCCCACCACCCCCAGCAUCUCCUGCCCCCAGCCCGUGGCCAACAGCUGCAACGAGCCGUGUGUGCGGCAGUGCCCCGACUCCACCGCGCUCAUCCAGCCGCCCCCCGUGGUGGUCACCUUCCCCGGGCCCAUCCUCAGCUCCUUCCCCCAGCAGGCCGUGGUGGGAUCCUCGGGGGCACCCGCCUUCGGGGGCUCCCUGGGGCUGGGGGGCCUCUACGGGGGCUCCCUGGGCUACGGAGCCCAGUAUGGAUCCGGGGCCCAGUACGGAUACGGGAGCCCGGCCCUGGCCGCGCUCGGCGGCAGCUCCUGCGGCCCCUUCUCGUCCCGCCGCUACAGCCGCGUCCUCCGCAACGUCUGUGGGCCCUGCUGAGCCCGGGGGGGCCCCCAGAGCCCCGGGGGUGUCCCCAGAGCCCCGGUGAAGACCCCAAACCAGAGCAAUGAGGACGAGGGCUCGGCCUUCCCGCAGCCCUGCAACGGAGCUCCCGCCCCUUCGCCUUCCUCAUCCUUCUCCUGCUCUUUGGUGGCCCCUCAGCGUCUCCUUGUUGCUGUUGUCGCCUGUUCCAGCUUUCCCAGGGCACUCAUUCCCUGUGGACACCACCCCCAGCGACAAGAACCUUCAGCAGCAGCUGCACAACAGCCAGGAGGAGCCGGCUGAGGACGGGGAUGUCUCAGAGCAGGACAUUUAUUGGUCGUGCCCUGGAAUUGUCUGGAAGGAGGGUUUUCGUGCUCUGUGAUAUCUCGCUUUGCAAACAGGCAUUUCU